UGUUCUUCACAGGUUUCUUAACUUUCAUUCUGCAGUAACAACAGAAGCAAUAGAGAAUUUAAAAGCUCUCUUCUCUAUUCCCAGACUACCAACAAAACCCUAAAAUCCAUAUUCUAUUAAAAUUUUUCCUUCAUCAGUCUUUAUUUUCUUAUUUUAUUUGUCUCUGGCUUUCAAUUUCGUGGUGUUUCCCCCCUUCUUUCACUGAAACUUUCUCACUCGUUUUCUUUCUUGUGCUCUUUUUUAUUGUCGUAAUUAUUCCUUUUUUUUCUCCCGGAACAAAACGCAUUGUUUGGAUUGGGAGACGAUUAUUUUUAUAAAAUGGUUACGUUUUCAGGCGAUAGCUUGGAAUCGUAGCGGCGGCUAGGUAUACACUUCAUUCUCUUUCAUCUGCCCUCUUUUAAAUUUUGUUAGAAUUUACCAGUUCUUCUCGUUGCCCCUAUGGGGUUCAAUUCCUAGCAGUCGGGAACUUAUAAUCAAAAUUUAAUCUAGGGUUUUUAAUAUUAUCCUAAAUUUGUUGUUAUUCAAUGUUGUCUUCCUAAAUUUAACUGGCAUUCGGGCGUUAUUAAUUUUGGAAAGGUCUUUUUCCUUCGUUUUUCCCAAGUUGUUGAUUUGAAAACGGAGCUGGAUUUUAUUUUAUUGGGAAAUACGAGGGUCUUUUGAGAUUGCAGAAUCAGUAAUCUGCAAAUCUAUCUUUUAAUAAAAGAUGGAAGAAUGGAGGGACAGAGAGAGAUAAUUAUAUAGCUUCCUAAUUGGCAUUGCCAUUGUUUUCUGGUUUUUCUGGUGAACGACCUGUUAUAUUGAAUAUGAUCAUCAGAAACAAUCCCUUUUCCAUUUGGUGAAUGACCUGUUAUAUUCAGAGUCCCUGAUUUUUCUGGUUUAAACGACCAGGGAUGGUGUUAAGAGUUUGUGUAGAAGAGAAUCACUUUGCUGGGUUAGGAUUUGAAGAAGUGUUUUUCCCCUUCUCCGUUUCUAGUUUCUGAUGAUCAUAUUAAAUAUCCCUUAUGGAAAGUAGAGAACCAACUUUUGUUCCAGAAUGGCUGAGAAGUAAUAGCGCUGUUACUGGUGGUGGCAAUUCAGCCCACAACUUUGCUUCCUCUUCUUCCCACUCAGGGCAUCAUGGGAGACAUAGAAACUCUAGGAAUAUAAGUGAUUUUGAUUCCCGUCGUUCAACAUUUUUGGAGCGGACAUCUUCAUUGAAUUCACGGAUGAGUUCUAGUAAUGGUUCCGCAAAGCAUGCAUACAGUAGCUUUAGUAGGAAUCACCGUGAUAAGGAUCGAGAUAGGGAUAAAGUGAGGUUGAAUUUUGGGGACCAACGGGACGGUGCUGCUUCUGAACCUUUAGAAAGUCUCUUAAAUGGUAGGGUUGAGAUAGAAACAUUGCACCGUUCAAAUUCUAUGUUCUCUAGGAAACAGGGUGAGCCUUUGCCCAGAAGGGUCAGGGUGGAUGCUAGAGACAGUAUUAACAGUAACCAUAACAAUGACAAUGUUAUGCUUUCUGGUGUUGCUGUUGGAAGUGGCAUCCACAAGGGUGUGUUUGUGAGAGAUUUUCCCUCGCUUGGAACUGAGGAUAGGCAAGUGCUUCCUGAGAUGACUAGAGUCUCGUCUCCUGGUUUGAGCUCAGCUUCUCAGAAUUUGCCCAUCGGUAGUUCAGCAUUGAUUAGUGGAGAUGGAUGGACCACAGCUUUGGCAGAAGCCCCCAAUGUGGUUGGAAGUAGUAACACAGGUUCCUUGACUACCCCCCUAACUGUUUCCACAUCAUGUUCUGUGACUCCAACUGACUCAUCGUGUCUUAAUAUGGCUGAAACACUGGCACAAGCCCCUUCACGGUCCCAUACUUCUCCGCAGUUAUCUGUCAAGACUCAGAGGCGUGAGGAACUGGCUAUUAAGCAAUCAAAGCAACUAAUACCAUUGACACCUUCAAUCACCAAGGGUUCAGUGGACUUCUCUUCAUGUGAGUUUCCUCGUAUAGACUUCAGAUGGAAUUAUAAUUGUUCUUGUUCAUUUUCAAGAGCUCUUCAAAUGCCAAGAUUAACUGAAGUUCUCAAUUCAGUGGAUAAAUCAAAAGGCAAACCAGCCGCCAGAACAAGUGAGAUAAAUAUAGUUAUGAAGGGUGGGCAGCAGCAACCAUCUUUGAUUCAUCAUGGUAAUCAAUCUCCUCAUAGUGGACAUGUCAAGUCUGAUAUGCCGAAAACAUCUGGGAAACUUUUGGUUCUUAAACCGGGAUGGGAGAACGGUGUCUCAUCCCCUACUCAAAAAGAUGUUAGUCCAACAAGUGUGAACAGCAAAGUUACAAUUAGCCCACAAGCUGUUGGUCCCACAAGAAAAUCAAACAGCCCUAAGCUUUCUGCUGGCGAACGUAAGGUAGUUGCCUUGAAUCCAGUAGCUGAGUUCAGUGUGGAAAAGAGACCCUCUUUGGCUCGAACCCAGAGCCGAAAUGACUUUUUUAAUCUGCUGAAGAAGAAGACCUCAGCAAAGACUUGUGCAGGUCACUCAGAUUCACACGCUCAUAUUUCAUCUUCUACCUCAGAGAAAUCUGAAGUUACAAAAGAAGUAGUUAGUGCCUCUUCUACUGCUUGUGCUAAUGAAAAUGGUACGGCUGCAACCAACAAUGGUGAUGCCUGUCAGGAGUCUCAAAGUUUUGCUUAUGAUGGUGAAAAGAAUAUGGACACCUCAUCUAUGACUCAUCCAGAUGAGGAAGAGGCUGCAUUUCUCCGUUCUCUUGGUUGGGAUGAAAACGCUGGCGAAGAUGAAGGCCUUACAGAAGAGGAGAUCAAUGCUUUUUAUCAGGAAUGCAUGAAAUUGAGGCCGUCACUGAAACUGUGCCGUGGCAUGCAGCCAAAGCUGGCUCAAUCUUUUGCAACUAAUUUGGAUGGAGCUGCUGCUGAACUGAGCUCCUCUGAUUCCGGAUCCAAAGCUUGA